AUGCCUGAAUACAUAAACACGCCUCUCUUUGGCGGCGCCAUCACUUGCGAUCUGCCCGCCAAGUUCGCCGACGUCAGCAAGUUGCGACAAGUUCCCGAUAACCAAGAAGUCUGGAUCGAUCAGGAUGGUUUCACCAGCAUCAUCUUCGACAUCACUGAGCGUGUUGGAGGCUCUGGCUCAGGCCCUGAGGUGGAUGGUCGUGCCAUGACAACUCAUCUUGAAGAUAUGGUUGGUUCGGAUAUCGAUACCGUCAAGAUCUGGAACACUGCCGAGACCGAGUUCUCGAAUCUAGAACCUGGUACUCCCGCAUACACUCUUAUUUCCACGCAGACUCCUCGCGUGAACCAGUCCCGCGACUCAACAUCUGCGCCCGAUUUCACAGCCAUCAUCCUAACUCUUCUGCGGCUCGAGAAGGCCAAGACUGAUAUUCUCAUCACAAUCAAUGUCCCUCACAUCAAGGGAGAGUACGACGAGGCUGAGGUUGAUCUUGAACUAGGGCGUCAGGGUAAGCUCAUUGGCGCUGCCGUUGAGUAUUCUGCUACUAUCUGGUCAACAUUUAAGAUCAAGGACUGGGGUCUCUUUGGUGAAGCUUAA